AUGUUGACUGUUUUGGAAACCCGCGUGGGAAUGGCCGUUACAGGGAUCACUCCAUGUCACUCGAGUGUGCAUAAACAACCCAUCAAGCAAUUGGGUAAUUUGUCAUUUGUAAAUUCCAUAAGGAAGUCGCGCAAAGACAAUGAAUCAGAAUACCAGACUCUGAUUGGCCAGAACCCCGCGCACUUGUUUGUCGGGCCCGACCGAGCAAUAACCUGUUACCCAGUGACCGACAGGAUCAGUGAGACCCUGGAUGUACAUCGAAUAAGACGUGAAGUAAAGUACUGUGCUGCGAACUGUGCAUUUUGUGCAAACGUGAAUAUGAUCAGUGUGAUCUUACAAGUUGGAGCAGUGCCGUUCGGUCGAGCCAUUGAUAUGGGCAGCGGGGACGUGAAGUGUUGUAGGAUUGGCGCUUACAAUUCUUCGACGGUGGAAUGGCAGAAUCUCAGACUUGGCGCGUCCCUGUCCGAGAUGAUGCUGGGUGACGCCCCGCCGCCGUCGCCCCUUCGGCGGGCACACUCCCACCACUUCCUCUUUCCGUGUGAACCCGAAAAGGGCGUCGCUCCCGGCGCCACGACGUCUCAUGCCCAGCCCACCGCCAUCCCCACGCCCGUCCAGCCGUCCUGCGCGGCGGAGCCCAGUACAAGCACGAGCAGAUGUGGCGGCGAGAAAAGGACGAGCUGCCCGACGCCGGAAGCCCGAGCGAGGCUGGAAUCGGCGGAGAGUCGCGGCGAGAUCGCUCCGGAGUGUCACGACCGCCUUCACGAAGCAGAGCAGUCCGCCGUCAGUACCCAGUCGGAGGCGGGGGCGGCCGAGGGGAGCGAAGGGGCCAAGGCGUGGAGGAGCAUGGGCAGCGACCUGAGGAAAAUUGCCGACCAGUUUCAUGUGGAGCAUGCGAAGAGCACCAGCGACAAGGGCCGCUACUGUAUCAUCCUGCCAGCAUCCGUCGCCCACGGCUUCGCAGCGUCCCUCAUCUGCCUCAUCUCGUGGAGACUCUUGUCUAAGCUUUGUUAAAAGGUCAUCCUUCCUCAAGGUCGUCUUAAGGACUGUUUCCUGAGCAUUGUCUCGACGUCGUUGCAAAGGCCUCGAGUGGCGCCAGGCGGAAGAGCCACUUCAGAAGGAAAGGCCGAGGUCCUUUAUUUCUCUUAAAUUAACCGGGGUUGAUUUAAGAGCCUGGCGACCCUCGGGCCCAAUAGUGCAAUGAGAAAGGAGAUCCGCUUCUGCAAUCGUCCAAGGAAUAAAUUAUAUUUUCGUCAUAUUUUUGUUUUGCAAGUUGAAAGGGCGUUCGUCUAAGGUCGAGACGGAGCGUGUCAGCCUCACAGAUCCAUGUCUUUCAAGAUCUUGACUGUAUUAAGUGGAAUCUGCCUCGAGCCAAAGCCACUCGACCUCAGAAAAGCUCAAAGUUUUUUUUGGCGUGCGGCGAACCACGACAAUACGCCAA